AUGCCUGCGAGAUUGCGAAAAGGUCCGAUUAUCGUAUUCCACAACGACAUCACACUGUACUACGCUCUCUACCUGCCCGACGAAAGCAGAUCAGAUUCGAAGCACCAAGCAGGUGACUCUAAAACGACGUUACGCUACGACGAGAAAGCGGCAUCGUUCUACUGGGGCCUCAACAUCCCAGUGAACGCGCUUCCUUACACAAGUGCUUCCGAAAUCAGUAAUCACAGAGAAGUCUGCCUCGGUCAAAUCAAGGACUGGGCGCCAGAGUUCCACCAACUGCUCAGCGUCGGGGCAGAUGACUCUGAUCAGACAGAUAUGCUCGUUACACAGCUUCGAGCAAGCACGCAACCCAAAGCGGACUGGCGAAAGCGAUGUCAGAAAGCAGGAAACGGCCGGAGGAACCCUCGGGUGUGGAUCAUGGGUGAUACUAUUCAUGCAAUGCAGCCGAAUCGCGGCCAGGGGGGCAAUCAAGCAUUGGCUGAUUGUGCUGAGAUGCUUCCUCAACUGCUCUCGCUCGCCAACAACGACAACAACCUAGCGCGCCCAACAGUCGACCAAGUGCAAAGCGCAUGCAACAUAUACGAGGCUUCCAUGAUCCCACGAGCGUCCCAGUGGGUCAGGAAAAGCGGAGGAGCCAGUUUUGUAAGAAUCAAUCUUGAUGGGUUUCUGGGGUUUGUCGUGCGCAUCGUUGCCAAGUUGGUGCUGCCGAUACUCAAAAUAUAUUAUAGCAUCUUCCCUCAAAGCGACGAGUGA